AUGCAAGAGAUUAUUAUUUAUACAAUAUUAUAUUUAUUAUUUUCAAUUUGUAUAAUAUUUCCACCGAUUGAAUUUAUUAGUGCUGGUUUCACAGUAUCGUCGAUUUUUUCAUUUCUCCUUGGUGAGGAACGAUUUGAUUUUGUUGGCUAUCAAUUACGGCGAACAAUUAUUACUUCAUUUAUACAUUCAUGUCUUCCUUUUGUACAUUUGGUAUAUUUAUUAUUCAAAUAUUGUAAAAGUUGGGAUUCUCAUCCAACAGUUAAAUUAUUGAAGUACUUCGAUUCGAAUUGGGUAAAUGUUGCAAAUGAUAUAAAUGAAGAAUACAGAAAUUUAAAUAAUUUUAGUAUUUCCCUUUCGGGAAUCAAUAAAGUAAUUAUGACUAAUUCAUGGAUACUUAAUAUAACAAAUUAUUCAUUAAUAUGUGCUCAGAUAUCUGACGUUGCUCUUCAGAUUAUUCAUGCUGAUGAACAUCAGAUCUCUCACCACGAACCGUUUGGUGGAUCGGUUCAGUUCGUCAAUAUUGAAGUAAAAAGUCUUUCGGGAAAAUUUGAAACAUUCAUUAUUAGAAUCCAAGCCGAUUCAUUCAGAGACAUGCAAGAUAAAAUUAAUAAACCAAUUAGUAUUGCAAAAGAAGUUAUACUUCGUCAAUCAUUAAAUGAUCGAUUUAUUGAAGCUUUUGUUGAACAAGUUCGCAGUAAUCCGCGUUUUGAUUAUCGUAAUGUAGAAAAUCUUGAACCAUGUUUGGCUUGCGCUUCUGAAUUGCCAAAUAUAAAACUAAACAAAAACUGUAUUAGUCACGAAGAAAUAGAUUUUGAUGGUGAACCUAGACCUUUAUGUACGCAAUGUUAUUGCCGUCCAAUGUGGUGUGUUAGGUGUAUGUCUCUAAUUUUCGCUGCCAAACAAGAUAGAAAUCAUCCUGAACGCUGGAUGCCUGGGAAAGCAAGUUGUCCUACAUGCCGUGCAAUUUUUUGCGUUCUUGAUGUUUCGUUUUUAUCUUAG